AUGGUGCAGCUCACAGCACAAUCAUUCGAUCGAUCAACUACCUCUCACCCACCAGAUGGUGGGAGGUCGGCUUGGAUAUUCCUCGCCUCGGUCUCCGUCAUGCUCCAGCUGACGUGGGGCUUCACAAUCUCAUUUGGUGCUUUUCGUGAAUAUUACUUUUACGGGUCGGCUUUCUCCGGUAACCAGGUGAUUGCUGUGAUUGGAGUUGUUAGUACGGGUGUGAUCCAACUCCUCUGCCCCUUUCUAGUGCACAUCCUGGGCGGAAGAGCUCAGCUGCGUAAACCGCUGCUAUGCAUCGGCUCAGCCAUUGUGGUGGCCGCCUCGAUUGGGGCGGGAUUCUCCCACACCCCCGUCCAACUAAUCAUGACCCAAGGAGUCCUCUACGGUCUGGGUAGUGGUCUCGUCUUUGCUCCCAACAUGAGCCUGAUAGAUGAAUGGUUCAUCAGGCGGCGUAGUCUCGCCUACGGCAUCUACUUUGCAUGUUCAAGUAUCGCUGCUGCCAUUAUCCCUCCGGUGAUGCGAGUCCUUCUGGCAAAGUACUCAGCCAAAGCCACAUUGAUUGGCUGGGGUAUAUUUGUUGCUGUUGUGCUGAGUAUAGCCCUGAUCGGCGUGCGGCCUCGCCUGCCGUCGUCAUCCCGGUCUGCGGAGAACGAAAAAGAAAAUCCUCUCUCUGGACAAUUUUCAUAUGGAUUUCUACGAAAGCCUCUGUUCUGGCUAGUUCUAUUAUCCAAUGUCUUACAAGCACUGUCCCAAUACUUGCCUUCCGUCUACAUACCGUCUUAUGCAACAGCCGUAAUUGGUGCUUCCUCGGCAAGUGCAUCGGCUCUCCUCGCCAUUUACAAUAUCGCAUCCGCCAUCUGUCAGCCCUUCUUAGGCUUACUCGCUGAUAAGCGAGGGAUUCUGUAUCCGCUGCUGCUCAGUACUUUGGUCCCAGCCAUUGCUGUUUUGUGUAUCUGGGGAUUUGCGACGAAAUACGGCCUACUUGCACUUGUCUGCAUCUUAUUCGGCGGUCUUUCCGGGGGCUAUGUUGUGCUACGGAACCGCUUUGCAACAACUAUCGUUGGAAACAGUGAUCGCCCGAAUGAAGAGCUGAUUGUAUCAGGCCUGAUCAUGUUCUUCAGGGGAGGCGCCACAAUCGCAUCUGGCUUUGUGGCGACAGCAGUCUCCUCUGCGGGUGAAGAUCGGGGUCUGCACAAAGGGAGUUAUGGUGCCGGCCAAUGGCUUCCAUUAAUUCUUACUGUUGGAAUUCUCACUGGAGUCUCUUGCAUUGGUGCGCUAGGAUUCCUGCGGGAAGACAAGCAAGGGAGGAGUGUGGAAAACAGCAGAGAGCAAGCCCAUGGAAAUUUGUAA